AGAAAGAAGAGGGGAUGGUGCAGUGGAUUCCAAGAUUCUUGGUGAAACCCUGGACCACCAUGUGUUGGUGGAGCCUCAUCCCUUCCUCAGAUGAAAUCCACAACCCCAAGAUCGGAGAGCGAUCGCCACUCUCCAUGUCUCCAUCUCACGCUUCUUUGCAGAUCCCCAUGCCAGAAUCUGGACUUGUAGAUCCCCCUCUCCGGCCUCCAAGGUCAACAUUUGUCCUGGUAUGACUUCGGGCAUCAGAUGGGGAUGGCUGGCAUUUCCAUGGCCGGUGGGUCCCCCUGAAGGAGGAGAAAUAGGAUUGAGAAUCCGUCACUGCAUCAAAUUCCAUCCUGCAGCAGGAUUCAGCUGAGAUGCUUUGGGAAAAGAAGGCAGUGGGUGGGGGGGGGGGGCGGUUCUGUGGGCAGCAGACGACAGAUGACCCAAAGAUUCUCGGUGGUUUCAGGGCAUAGGCACAGACUGCUCUCUGUUCUCUUGUCGCAUGUACCUCUCUCCAAAAGCCACUGGCUGUGGAUUCUGGCGUCUGAUGCAGUAAUCUGCAGGAGAAGAGUUUAAAAGUUCCAUCUUGGAGCAGUCCUCUGGAGGGAUCAUCAUAUUGCAGUAAGGUUCCUGUUAUGGGGUUCUGAAGGUAUCUGCCGAUGGACGACUCCGUUCCUCCCAAGGGAAGCUUGUCGGGUCAGACCCUCUCGGAUGCUGCUGUUGAUGAUUUGGACCUCAUGGAUGAGUUGUUAUCAGGAUCAGUCUUCGAUUGCUCUGAUCUCCUGCAAACGGGUACCUCUGCAACCACAGGCCCCCUCAGCUCUGCCUGCUUUUCGCCUGUUCUUGGGAUCAGCAGCACUAGUUCCAACCCAACCCUUGCAGGAAUUGAUUACCAAGUCGAUGCAGAGAGAUCAGUUUUCUCUGUGGAGUUAGCUUCGGAUGAAGCUCAGAUGCAAAUGCUUGAUGGUGGACAACGACCCAUCAGUCUGAAUCCUGUCGGAGAAACCAAGUGUCGCGUACGAUCAGAUGGAUUGGAAGCAGAGGAUCCCAGUUAUGAACCAGGCAUGAGUCGGCAGAUCCAGCCCAAGGGUGAAACAGGUAGUGUGGAACAAAGACUGAGGUAUGUCCUCAAGUACAUCAAGGAGUCACAAAGAGAAGGUGAUGUCCUUGUUCAGAUGUGGGUGCCUGCCAUGAGAGGAAACCAGCAAGUUGUUACGACUUGUGGCCAACCUUUCUUGCUAGAUUUCAACUGUCAGAGGCUUGUAAAUUACAGGUCGGUCUCGACGAGGUACCAGUUCUUGGCCGAUGAGAGCUCCCAUGAGGCGGUGGGCUUGCCUGGCCGGGUGUUUCUGGGAAGGUUGCCGGAAUGGACUCCAGAUGUCCGCUACUUCAGCAGCUUUGAGUACCCUCGUGUGGGUGAUGCUCAGCGUUAUGAUGUUCGUGGAACAAUCGCUCUGCCAAUUUUCGAGAGAAAUAGUCCAUCCUGUUUAGGGGUUGUCGAGGUUGUGAUGACCACACAGAAGGUCAACUACAGUUAUGAUAUUGAGAACAUUUGUAAUGCUCUUCAGGCAGUGGAUCUCAGGAGUUCUCAAGUUCUAAGUGUUCCCCGUUUAAAGAUGACGGGCGAUUCUUACCUUGCUGCCAUACCAGAGAUCCAAAUGGUAUUGAGAACUGCUUGCGAGACCCAUAGGCUGCCAUUAGCUCAAACAUGGAUUUCGUGCAUUCAACAAGGCAGAGAGGGCAGCCGGCAUUCUGAUGAAAGCUUCAGCGAAUGUGUUUCUACUAUUGAUGAAGCUUGUUACAUACAAGAUCCUAGCAUGUUGGGUUUUCAGCAAGCUUGCUCUGAGCAUCAUUUGUUUAGAGGUCAAGGUGUAGUCGGUAAGGCAUUUAUGACGAAUCAACCAUGCUUCUCGUCCGAUGUUACGGAGUUUAGCAAGAUUGAAUAUCCACUGUCACACCAUGCUCAGUUGUUCCACUUAAGGGCUGCAGUGGCUAUCCGAUUGCGAUGUGUUCAUUCUGGAAAUGUGGACUUUGUGCUGGAGUUCUUCUUACCCAUCCACUGCAUAGAAGGUGAAGAACAGAAACUGAUGCUGAAUUCUUUGUCCGUUACGAUACAGCAAGUGUGCCAGACACUUAGAGUUGUGACAACUAGGGAAUUAGAAGAUGAGACAAUGUGGGAAAAUAAUGAGCAAAUCCCUUCAGAUAUGUUUUCUGAUAACUCCGUUUCUGAGAUUGGUCAAAGAUAUAUUGUCGACGAACUUCUCCCAUCGGGAACACCUGCUGUAGGUAUUCCAAAGAACGUUGUUCUUCCUGCUUCUGUGCCAACGGAACGUACAAAGGAAUUUGAGGGAUUCAGUGUUUCAACACACUGGGUUCCCUCAGAUGUGGUAUUACCGACUGGAAAUAUAUUCUCCGAGGUCAAGCAGCACCAUGGAGAGUCCAACAGUGACUAUAUAUUUUCUUUCUCUGCUGAAACUAAUGUUUCAAAUGCGGAGAAGGCAACAGAAAAGAGGCGUGCAAAAACUGAAAGGACUGUCAGUUUGCAAGAGCUUCAGAAAUAUUUUGCCGGCAGCCUAAAAGAUGCAGCCAGAAGCCUUGGAGUGUGCCCUACUACUCUCAAAAGAAUAUGUAGGCAACACGGAAUUACUCGUUGGCCUUCACGAAAGAUCAAGAAGGUCGGUCGCUCCUUAAGGAAACUGCAAGUAGUUAUAGACUCUGUCCAUGGUCCUGGAGAAGCAUUCCAGUUCAGUUCCCUGUAUGAAAGCUUCAUAAAGAACACUCGGUCAGAUAGUAACUUAGCAACUAGUACCACAUUUUCAUUGUUGAAGCAAACUGAUCACCCGGAAUCCUCAAAUGCAAAGCAACAGCUAGAAUGUAGAUUUACUUCACACACAUCUGGAACAAACUCUCUUUCUUCUUCUUCAUGUAGUCAAAACUCUAAUUCCAGUCAGGGCUGUUCUAGUGAGCAAAGGCAGUGUAAUCAGACUCAUGAAUUUGAAUUUAGACAAGCUACUUUGGUGGAGGAGAAUCGGAGUGACGUGCUUAAUAAAGUACAAAUACAUGUAGAACUGCAUUGUCCACUUGAGGUGACUCCAAAAUCUGUGGUUAGAUUGCAAAGUCAGAGACCUCAGAUCGAACAUCAUCCUUCUAGAUGUGAUUUUCUUAAAGUAAAAGCAAUUUAUGGGGAAGAAAAAGUUAUAUUCAGACUACAGCCAACUUGGGGCUUCCAAGAUUUGAAGCAAGAGAUCCGAAGGCGGUUCGUUAUAUAUGAUACUACUUUAGUGGAUAUCAAGUAUCUGGACGAAGACUCCGAGUGGAUCCUAAUAACAUGUGAUGAAGACCUGAAGGAAUGCAUCGAUGUGUACAGAUCAACACAAGCACAGACAAUCAAACUAUGUGUGCAUCAUGUUCAACCAACCGCUAGGUCCUCAUUGGGCAGCACAGCAUUAUCUUGACCGUUUCAGGUUAAUCAUUUGGAAUGGCGAACAAUCUCAAUAAUGGAUUGGUCAUACAAAGCAUGUGAAAAUGCUCAUAGUGAGGGCCAAACAACACAAAUCCAUGAAGAAGAAUGGCCUGGGUAUGGUGCAUUUCCACGGCUUUACGCUGUAUCUGAGGGACUGAGAAACCAACAACUAGGGCGAUCGUUGAAGGAGCAUUUGAAAUGGAUAGUGCCAAAACUGGUGACUUGUGUGGAAAUGUGGUCUCUGUCUGUGCACCAGUGAUGACUGACACUGAUGCAAAAGCAUGGUUCUCUGCUGCUUGAGUUUUCCUUCAUGGUGGUAUUAAGGUUGCAUAUACCAGUAUGAUGCCUAUCAAAUGGGUGAGGCCGAACACCUUUUUCGGCCAGCACAAAGGGAAAGAAAAAUGGUCCAAAAAGUACAAAAAUUGUCACUUUGAACUAACCUAUGAUAACAUUCUGCAGACAAAUGACACCUUGUUGACAGUUUGAAGUAUGCGAUCAUGUACAGGAGUUCUAUAGAUGGUAUUUGCCAUGAUUUUUUAGCAGAUCCAGAGAUUCUGUUGUUUGUCUGUAUCAUAUGGAUUUCAGUGGGGAAUUUCCACAGUUGGCUUUGUAUACAAAUUUGUAUAGUGAUGCUCAUGUUUAUUUGCAACUUCCGAGCUUAUAUCACAUACUGUAAUUGAAACCUUGAGCCAGAUGGUGCUUUCAUGUAAGGAUGAUCAUGUUAAGAUGCUUCCAUUAGAAGCCCUCUUUUGCUUGA